AAUGAAAAUGUCAUCUGCUGCUUGCUUGUGUUAUUGUAUUUUUUAGUUUUUAAACAAUAAAUUUUAGGUUUAAGUAAAUAACAAUGGUAGUGAACGCUCCAGACUCGCCUGUACAGGCUGAAGUGAUAUUCGUAAUUGAGGCUACGGCUGCUAAUAGCGCGUAUAUAGGAGAACUGAAGACAAAUUACAUAGUCCCCACAUUAGAAUAUUUCCAUGGAGGUCCAUUGGAGGAAGGAGGUGGGAGUGGGUCAGUGUAUGCCAUAGUUACAUACAAAGCUGCUGACUGCCACCCUGGAGUUCCUGUCGCCACCUUCGGACCCUACACAAGUCCACAAUCAGUUGUGGAGACUGUUGAUAAAAUACAAUACAUAGGUGGUCACGCAGAGAGUCGAGCAUGCGUCACAGAAGCACUCACAGCGGCUCUCGCUUGUUUUGAUGAGCUUGGCAGGACAGACAUACCAAUACAUGUGCUGUUGUUAUGCUGUUCACCUCCUUACUCGGCGUAUGCUGGGGGACUGGUUCCUGCUGAGUUUUUCUGUCUCUCAGGAGCCCCAGCGACCGUAGAGCAAGCGGCACGAUUACUAGGCGAGCGCGGGGCGCAGGUGUCGGUGGCUGCAGCCCGAAGAGUGCCCGCAUUACACGCGCUAUACGAACACGCGGGGGGAGAGCUGCAUCAGGCGCAACAAAGGAACUAUGCUAAGGACCCGCGACACUUGGUGCUACUCCGCGGGUACAGCCUGAAGGAGCGGCCGCCGAGCCCCGCGCCGCCGCCCGUGCCCGACAUACAAGCUGAUGUCUACGGACAGGGUCGCGGCACCGCCGUGCCGGCGCGGCCCGGGGCGCAGACGUUCCCGCGGCCCGGCGUCGCCGCUACUGCCGGCGUGGGGCCCGUCGGCAGUGUGGCUGGGGUACCCGGAGUCGCUGGCGUCGGUAAUGCAGCAUGUGGUCGCGGUGCCGGUAACUGGCUGGCCCCGCCUCGGGCCCCUCUCUACGCGAACAACUCUGCGCUUCUCACUCAACUAGCACAGCCGUCCUACCCGCCGCCGCCGCCACCGCCCGCUCACGCCGCACAGCGUAUGCCGUCGAUGGUGACUCCUGGACCUUCAGGGGCUCAGCUGCAGCGCUCGUACAUCUGGAGCGGCGUCAUCGAGUGGAUGGAGAAGGGCAAGCAGCCCGGAGACCAGCAGAAGACUACCAAGCACCUGCCUUGUCAGGUAUCAGCCAGCACAAAGGACAUAGAGCCGGAACUCAAGGUGGACACCUGGCCGAACAAGUUGCUGAUGCAGCUGAUGCCCAAGCAGCUGAUCAGCAACAUCGGCGGACAGUACCUGAAGGACAGCAAGUCUGUGCUGUUUCAUUUGCAGCCCAGUGAAGCGUUGGAUUCACUGACUAAAGUCAUGGUUAAUGGGUUUGCUGGUUGCGUUCACUUCUCCCCGAUGCCGACGCCGCCGCAGUGCGAUAUCAAAGUGCUCAUACUUCUCUACACGCCCGACAAGAAGGCUUAUCUUGGGUUUAUACCGAAUAAUCAGGCUACUUUUGUGGAUCGGUUGAGGAAGGUGAUUCAACAGCAGAAGAUCAGCCAGAUCAUCAGCAAACAGCAGCUACCGGCUGCCGUCAGUAACGCGGGCGGCAUGGCGCAGAAUAUGCCUAAUGCGACGAUGGCUGGUUCAAGCGCCAUGUCCAACGCUGGUAUGACAUCAGGCGGGCUAGGCGCUGGGAUGGCGGGCGGCAUGCAGCCAGUGGGCAACGUGGGUAGUGUGGGCAACGUGGGCAAUGUGGGCAACGUGGGGCAGAUGCCCGGCCCCGGCCCCAGCCAGGGCAUGGUGCAGUCGCAGAUGCAGCAGCAUCAGCAGGGCAUGAUGAUAGGCGGUUCAAUCCAACAGCAAGUACAACAAGUGGGCAGCAAGGGACCCCGCCCGGUCACACAACUAGACGGACUCGAAGCCGCCCGACAACAGAACCUAGAGAAAAUACAACAUCUACAGCAAACGUUGGAAGCCGCCCACCAACAGGAAGCACAAUUCAAGUCGCAGAUGGACAUAAUGUCACACUUGCAUGCCGCCCAACAACAGGAACAGCACUAUAAACAACUCGAGGAGCAACAACGCAAACACCAGCUACAGCAACAGUUGCAGCAACAGAUCAGAGGAGCUCAGGGUGCCACACACCCGCCUCGCAUCAUGCGUCCGCUGUUGCCGUCCAACCCGGGCUUAAGGCAUCUGCUGCAACAGCAACAGCAGCAGCCGCGCGGCGCUCGGCCUCACAUGUGAGCGACUGGACUCACGCACUUAGUCGCACAACAGCCGCAGUACAGGCCCGGGGGCGGAGCACCGCGGCCAGCGUCGCAGCCCCAACAGUUUGAUGACGUCAACAAUUACUCCGAUUUUAUUUAGGCUUAAUUAGUAAAUUUUUGGAUGAUUAAAAGCAUUGAUUUGUAAUGUGGAACGUCAAAUUUGUGAAUUUAGGUACCAAUAUUAUGUGAAAAUAAUUGAAAACUUUUUUUUUACCAAAAAAAGGGGUAAAAAUAGAUAAUGGAUCAUAAAUAAUUGUUGAUAAAAUACUGAGGUAUACUGAGGAUGUGUAUCUAUGAAGUCUGUUCCCAAUAGUGAAUAUGAAUGUUUAUACAAAAUAGUAACUAAGGAAUAAAUGAGUUUUUACAUA